UGGAUAUUCCCUUUCAGUGAAUAAAUAGAUCAGAGUUCAGUUUAUCCAGAGGACCUUUGUUGUUAUCCAAUAACCAAUCAAAACAAGGCUUUACCCUCCCAGGUUACUCAAUAUGGUUCAAGGCAAAACAAGACUUAUUCUCACUGAAGAAGCAAAGAAAGCAUAUUCACUGAGACCUGAGCUCUGGUUUGCAGGAUGGAUUCACUGUCUUCUGUAGUUGGAGCUUAUGUGACCUGGGAUGUCAAAAGUUUGCUUCUCUUCAUUGCAAUGUUUAUCCUCACUAUAGAUUAUAUUAAGAACCGCCGACCUGCAAGCUUCCCUCCAGGACCACGGGCUCUACCUAUCGUUGGCAACAUCUUCUCUGUAGACCACAGCAGGACCCAUGAGAGUCUGACACAGUUAUCAGAGAAAUAUGGAGAUGUGUUCAGCCUGAGAAUGGGUCAGGAGUGGAUGGUGGUCUUGAAUGGCUUUGAGGUUCUGAAAGAAGCUCUUGUAAAUCAGGGGGACAGUUUGUCUGACCGCCCACCCCUUUCUCUGUAUAUGGACAUGUCCAAUGGUCUAGGUGUUAUCUUAAGCAAUGGACACUUGUGGAAGCAGCAGAGACGUUUUGCUCUUUCAACCCUCAGAAAUUUUGGACUUGGCAAGAAGACACUUGAGCCUGUGAUUCUUGAUGAAUUAACAUAUUGUUUAAAGAAAUUAAAGAGUUAUGAAGGUAAGCCCUUCAAUCCCCACCUCCACAUAAACAACGCUGUCUCCAACAUUAUCUGCUCCAUGGUUUUCGGGCAUCGCUUUGAGUACACUGAUAAGAAGUUCAGGACGCUGAUAGGUGACUUUGAAAAAGUGAUUGUGAUUCAGACAUCAAUUUGGGCACAGUUUUACAACUCAUUCCCUAAACUGAUGAGAUACAUGCCAGGGAAACAUCAUACAUUCCUGAAAGUUUGUAGUGAUAUAAAGGACUUCAUAAGAGAAGAGCUUAAGGAUCACAGGCAACACUGGGAUCCCUCAGACCAAAGAGACUACAUCGACUGCUACCUGAAUGAGAUAGAGAUGAACAAGGGGAAGGCUGACAGCACUUUUGAUGAAGAGAACUUGGUAGAAUGUGUCUUGGAUCUUUUCUUGGCUGGUUCAGAGACCACAUCCACCACCCUCCGCUGGGCUUUCCUCUACAUGGCAAAGUACCCUGAGAUCCAGGCAAAAGUCCAGGCUGAAAUAGACAGAGUUAUUGGACAGUCCAGGCCACCAUCAAUGGAAGAUCGUGUUAACCUGCCCUAUACCGAGGCGGUCAUCCAUGAGGUCCAGAGAAUGGGCAACAUAGUUCCUCUCAGUGUGCCACAUAUGACCAACAGAGAUGUCCAGCUGAGAGGCUACACCAUCCCAAAGGGGAUCACAGUCAUUCCCAAUUUGACCACAGCCCUAUUUGACAAGAAUGAAUGGGAGACACCCUUCACCUUCAACCCCAGACACUUUCUGAAUGAGGAGGGCAAGUUUGUGAAGCAGGCUGCUUUCAUCCCUUUCUCUGCAGGAAAGCGGCUGUGUCUUGGUGAGAACCUGGCAAAGAUGGAGCUUUUUCUUUUUUUCACCUCAUUCAUGCAACACUUCACCUUCUCCAUGCCUGCUGGGGUGAAACCAGUGCUGGACUUCAUCUAUGGGAUCACUCUGGCUCCAUGUCAUUAUGAAAUCUGUGCAACCCCUCGCAUGUAGAAGCUGUGGUUGACAAAGAACACCAAAAACAAUGGUGUUCAUUCUGGUGUCACUGCUUUACUGCAUUUCUGUCUUGAUGGGUUUAUAGAUCAUUUACAAACUGAUAUUUUCCUUUAAUUUUGGAUCAAAUUGCUCAUAGGGCCCCUGCUAAUACCUCUUCAAUGCAGUAAGUGUGUUAUAACGUUCCUUUUCUAAGGCAUCAUUUACAGGACAACGUUUUCAAGUGAAAAGGCAAAGUUUUGUAGCGUUUUUGCUGUCCGUUUACACAGCAAUGGCGUUUUGGUGCCUGAAAACGAAACUUUUUGGAAACGGGCUCCAGAGUGGAAGUUUUUCAAAAUGGCCCCAUCUCCAUCUCCGUGUAAACAGGGAAACCGGCAGUUUAUGAAAACGGACAUGUGCACUGCGGUUGCAGUAAAUAUCCAUGCGUGAGUAGGCUUAUAAUGCAUGCGCGAAUGGGAUGCCCAAAACAAAGAUGGCUGACACCAGUGUACUGUUUUUGCUCCUCGCUCUUUUGAAUUUAACUGUACUUCUCCAACAAAGUGUUGAUUUACUUCACAAUCACUUGGAUCAGUGGAGAUGUAUUUCGUGCCUGCACCAGAUUCUGACUCAGCCCACAUGCCGUCAAAGUGCAGCCCGAAAAUCACACCGCCAUCUACUGGCAUGGCAUGUAUACGACAUCGUUUUUGGUGUUUCCCGCAGUCUGGUGUGAACUGCGAUCGUAUUAAAAAUGUUGCCGUCUGAACGUGGAACUUUUUGGAAAUGAAAACGGAAAACAAAGCAAAACAUUGUCGUAUAAACAAAGCCUACGUUUUGUUGUACACAGUCUAUGGAGGCUUUAAACCGUAGUUUCAAGUCUAGUUUUUGUCUACCUUCGCUCAAGCUGGAAUUUUAUUUUUUAAACUCACAUUUAUGACCAAGACAUUAAUGAUGUUUCUUCUAUUUUCCUUGUAAAAUUUGCUCAAUUUCAAUCCCCUUUCUUGGCCUUUUGGUCUGCCCCACCCUUUAUUAAUGAUUGAUUUUAUGCUACUGGUUUGUACUGUGACCCUGAAUCCCUUUAACGCCAUUCAUUUUCUAGGGUUGUUCUGAUUUUGAUACCAGUAUCGGGAAUACGUCCGAUACUGCUUAAAAUGCUGGUAUUGGUAUAGGCGAGUACAUGAUCAUGCACAAAUCUGAUACCAUUUGGUUAAACUUUAUAUUUUGUUACUUUAGCCAUGCUAAAUGUUAGCGCUAUAAACUGGAAAUCAAUUCUUCUUCGCUGUCAUGGUAUGAACGGGCUUCUGUUUUUAGCGCAGCGAAGAGGAACCAAGGGACCCGCUGCGUGACAUUUUUUCUCUGAACGUGAUCAUUAAAACGCUUUCCAGACCGUCACUGUCGUACUAGACAAGAAGUGACACAGUUUAUCAAAAGUUAAGUAACUUUUGAACCAUAAAUCAUUGCCUCUUACUUGUUUUUCCUCUUGAAGCUAGCCGUUGUGUUUUCCCAUUGACGCCAUUGACGCUAUUGAAUCCCUUGGGGAGGCAUUUUAGGUGAGCCCUGAUCUCAUGUGACUUUUGGGGACUUAAAUGAUUGAAUCCACACCAUUAAACCCGAUAUUGAAUGUCUUUUUAUCCAUUUUAAUCAAAUUAUGAUCAUUUAUUACUGCUAGCUCGAAUGCUAACCGCCAUAUUGUUUCUCUGUGAGUAUCUGUCAGCCAAUAGCAGGCUGUUCUGUAAUCACGUGAUGCUUCCCAAAAUAGCACAAAGGAGAGAUAAAGUUCAAGGCACUUGAUUUAUACAGCUGUAUAUGUAAGGCAGUAACUAAAACACAAUGCUAGGUGGUGCUGUAGCACUGCAUGUUGUUCUGCUGAGCCAAGCAAUUCUAGCUGUUUGUCCUUUCCGGGACACCAUAGUUUGCAAUUGUUCUGCGGGGGGCGCUAUGUUUCGCUAAGUAUUAUCUUUUUUCAGUGUUGUUGAAGGUAAGCAGUGCUCCUGGCAGCCCACAUUUUGCACAAAAUAUAUAAGUUAAACUGCAGUGAAACAAUUAAUCUCUUUGAAAUACGUUUCUGUGAAAUGAUAAGUAGUGUUUAGUCUGAUUUUAAGGACUGUGUUGAGGAUUACAGCCUAAAUGACCUUUUAUAGUGUGUGCUAAUGUUUUGUUAAUCUCAGCCAGUUUAUUAACAGUGUAGAGAAACCAUUUACAGUGAAUGUUAACACAGACAAAGUGUUCUCUUUUUUCACUGUUGUUGAAGGUUGUACGUGCAAGAACAGUUGGCAACAAUUAAAACCAGAGUCUCCAUCACAACUACAA